CAUCCUUUACGGAUUUGCAAGGAAAAUUUUCAGUCGACCAGUGUUGUUCGUUCGCCCGUCAGUUUUCGCAAACCUUCGAACGUUUUUAUUUUUUAUUUAAAUAAAUCAAUAAAUUAAAAUUUAUAUAAAAAAAAAAAGUGGCAAGGACCAGAAAAAAAUAAUAUAAAAAUUUCAAAAAAGGAUAAAAAAUCCUUAAAAAAAUCUUGAAAAAAGUGUAUCCUUUGAAAAAAAAAAAGUAGAAAAAUCCGAUAGAACUUUUUAUCGCGCGAUGAAAAAAAAACAAUAAACUGAAAUAAAAGUUUCAAAUCUAAAAUGGUGGUUUAAAAAGGAUUCAACACUAAAGUGUAUACGAAGAAGUUAUAAAACGAAGUAACGACGAAAAAAAAAAAACCGAAUCAGGACGAAAUUGACGAGGAAAAUAAAUAAAAUUAAAGCUGGAACAAUCCAAAUGGGAUUUCUUCUUCUUCUACUUCGCAUGUAGGAAAUCUCAUUUCCUGUCUCAAUCUUUAUCUAUAUGUGUGUGUUUGUGUGUGUGUGGUGAAGAAGCAAUAGAUUCUCGUACGUGAUAAUAUACUCUGAGCUGAGCGUGUGUAUGGUUGUCAUUCAAGUGUGACAGAGACAAGACGAGGAAAGCACAAAAAAAAGGACAUUUUUUUGCCUGUUGUCGAUGGUCCACACAACGACACGACGACUGAAUAUGCAGAUUUUAGUGUUUUUCUUUUUUGAGACUUGAUCCUUGAAGUCUUGAGGAAUUAUUUAUGUGGGUUUUUUUUAUAAAAUUUAUGAUGUCGCGUUUUAAUUUCGAAAGGAAAAAGUCUACAAACGUGGGCUGAAGAAAAGUCUACUAGACACCAUCUGUGUCCUGAUCCUUUGAAAAAGAAAAAAUAUAUGAAUACUUUCAAAAAUACAGACAUCCUUGAACUAGAUUUUUUUGAAAAACCGGGUUUUUGACCGUUUUUUUUCGGUUCGGUAUUCAGAUCCUUGAGACUUGUACCCUUUUUGUUUAGUUUUUUUUUGGUGAAAUAUUUUAUGUGAACUUAGGUCGCCGAAAAGGGAUUUUUAAAAUCAAGACGCUUGUAUCCUGGAUAAAUGUACUAUGCAAUUGACAGUCCAGAAGAUCCCGGUGCCAUCUUUACCAUAUGGAAACGCGGCUCCCAGGGUCUUCCACCUCAAGAUGACUUUAAAAUGCAGAAUAUCGGCUGUCUCCUUGAAGGAGUUACGCCAUCGGCACCACCGGAUGUCCCACCGAGGAAUCCAACAAUGAAUCGAAUGAAUAAUGGUCGUUUAGCUGGUAACCCAAGUGAUUUGGGAGUAGAUUUUGAGCCAUCGUGUUUGGUACGAACGCCAUCGGGCAACGUUUACAUUCCUAGCGGUAAUUUAAAUAUAAACAAAGGAUCCCCAAUAGACUAUAAAAGUGGUUCGGCUUGUUCAACGCCAACCAAAGAAACAUUAAAAGGUUACGAACGCAGCGGCAAUAGCUGCAUGGGCCCCGUUUUACCCCCACGAAGUGUUAUGGGCGGUAUACCAUCACAUCAUCAUCAUUAUUCAGCACCAAUGAAUUUUCGAAAAGAUUUAGCUGCACGUUGCUCAGCAAAGUGCAUUGCAAUUGUUUCAAUAUCAAUUGUAGUGUCUUUGUUUGUUUUAUUAAUAUUAUUAACAGGCUUUGGUGUACUAUCAUGGUCACCAUCAUCUCCAUGUACAGUUCUAGUCGGCAAUGAGGCAUCCGAAGUAACGGCAGCCAAAAGCACAAAUACAGAUUUAUCGAAAUUGCACAAUACGGCGCGAGCAUCUAAAUCCGGACAACCAAUAACAGUAACGGCAGCAACGUCAUCGGCGUCACCAUCGUCUUUCCAAUCGACAUCAGCGUCAGCGUUAGCACCGUCUUCAUCAGCGUCAUCGACGUCAUCUUCAUCGUCAUCGUCUUCGUCGUCAUCACUGGCGAACAGCAAUAACGGAGGUGCACGAACAUUUCCAGCGCGCAGUUUCCCACCAGAUGGCACGACAUUCGGACAAAUCACACUCGGCCAAAAGCUUACAAAGGAAAUACAACCCUACAGCUAUUGGAAUAUGCAAUUCUAUCAAUCGGAACCGGCUUAUGUUAAAUUUGACUAUAGCAUACCGCGAGGUGCAUCGAUUGGAGUAUAUGGAAGACGUAACGCUUUGCCAACGCAUACGCAAUAUCAUUUCAAAGAAGUAUUAAGUGGGUUUAGUGCGAGAACCCAACGUGCCACACAUCUCUCGAUAACGCGUGAGGUGACACGUUACAUGGAACCCGGACAUUGGUUCGUUUCACUAUAUAACGACGAUGGUGAUGUGCAAGAGGUCACAUUCUAUGCGGCCAUUGCAGAGGAUAUGACACAAAAUUGUCCAAAUGGCUGUUCUGGCAAUGGACAAUGUUUGCUGGGUCAUUGCCAAUGCAAUCCCGGUUUUGGAGGUGACGAUUGCAGUGAGAGUGUUUGCCCUGUACUCUGCUCCCAGCAUGGCGAGUACACUAAUGGCGAAUGCAUUUGCAAUCCAGGAUGGAAGGGCAAAGAAUGCUCCCUCAGGCAUGAUGAAUGUGAAGUGGCCGACUGUAGUGGCCAUGGGCAUUGUGUGAGUGGCAAAUGUCAAUGUAUGCGGGGCUACAAGGGGAAGUUCUGUGAAGAAGUCGACUGCCCACAUCCGACAUGCUCGGCUCAUGGUUUUUGUGCGGAUGGUACCUGCAUUUGUAAGAAAGGCUGGAAGGGUCCGGACUGUGCGACCAUGGAUCAAGAUGCGUUACAGUGUCUGCCCGAUUGUUCUGGACAUGGAACGUUCGACUUGGACGCACAGACCUGCCAUUGCCUGACGAAAUGGAGUGGUGACGACUGUUCGAAGGAACUGUGUGACCUUGACUGUGGACAGCAUGGACGUUGUGUUGGAGAUGCAUGCACUUGCGAGCCCGAAUGGGGUGGAGAGUUUUGCAACACAAAGUUAUGUGACAGUCGCUGCAAUGAACAUGGACAAUGCAAGAAUGGAACGUGUCUUUGUGUAACCGGGUGGAAUGGCAAGCAUUGUACAAUUGAGGGCUGUCCAUCGGGUUGUUCAAAUCAUGGACAGUGCAGGGCUGGCGGCGAGGGUCAGUGGGAAUGUAGGUGCUAUGAGGGCUGGGAUGGACCAGAUUGUGGCAUUGCUCUCGAGCUCAACUGUGGUGACAGCAAGGACAACGACAAAGACGGAUUGGUUGACUGCGAAGACCCCGAGUGCUGUGCUAGCCAUGUAUGUAAAACAUCCCAACUGUGUGUUUCAGCACCAAAGCCAAUUGAUGUUUUGCUGCGAAAGCAGCCCCCAGCCAUAACAGCAUCGUUCUUUGAACGAAUGAAAUUCCUGAUUGAUGAGAGUAGUUUGCAAAACUAUGCUAAAUUGGAGACUUUCAACGAGAGCGUAUUUUGGAAUUAUUUCAACGCAAGCCGAUCAGCAGUUAUACGUGGCAGAGUUGUCACCUCACUCGGUAUGGGACUGGUUGGAGUAAGAGUUUCAACAACUACCCUACUUGAGGGUUUCACACUUACCCGUGACGAUGGAUGGUUUGAUUUGAUGGUAAAUGGUGGCGGUGCGGUAACAUUACAAUUCGGCCGAUCACCAUUUCGGCCACAAAGUCGUAUUGUUCAGGUUCCAUGGAAUGAAGUGGUUAUUAUAAAUGUGGUAACUAUGUCAAUGUCAGAUGAGAAGGCUCUGGCAACAGUGGCGCAUACAUGCUUCUCGCACGACUAUGAUGUUAUGAAACCGGUUGUGUUGGCAUCGUGGAAACAUGGCUUCCAGGGAGCUUGUCCCGAUAGAAGUGCUAUAUUGGCAGAGUCCCAGGUUAUACAGGAAUCUAUACAAAUUCCUGGGACAGGUUUGAAUUUGGUUUAUCAUAGUUCAAGAGCUGCUGGUUAUUUGUCAACCAUUAAACUGCAACUUACUCCUGAAGUUAUUCCACCAACAUUGCAUUUAAUUCAGCUGAGAAUAACAAUCGAAGGAAUAUUGUUUGAGCGAGUUUUUGAAGCUGAUCCUGGAAUCAAAUUUACCUAUGCAUGGAAUCGUUUGAAUAUCUACCGCCAGAGGGUUUAUGGAGUUACGACAGCUGUGGUUAAAGUAGGGUACCAGUACACAGACUGCAAAGAUAUUAUUUGGGACAUUCAGACAACCAAGUUGAGUGGACAUGACAUGUCGAUCUCUGAAGUUGGAGGAUGGAACUUGGAUAUUCAUCAUCGGUAUAACUUCCAUGAAGGAAUCUUACAGAAGGGUGAUGGGUCAAAUAUAUACCUCAAACAUAAACCAAGGGUUAUAUUGACAACUAUGGGUGAUGGCCACCAGAGGCCGUUAGAGUGCCCCGAUUGUGAUGGUAUAGCUGUCAAACAGAGACUUUUAGCGCCAGUGGCUCUUGCUGCGUCUCCAGAUGGAAGCUUGUUUGUCGGAGACUUCAAUUACAUUCGAAGAAUAAUGACAGAUGGAACUAUUAAGACAGUUGUCAAGCUAAAUGCCACAAGGGUUUCUUAUCGCUAUCAUAUGGCUUUAAGUCCCCUCGAUGGAACUUUAUACAUAUCUGAUCCUGAAUCCCAUCAGAUCAUUCGAGUAAAAGACACAAACAACUUCUCCAAUCCCGAAAAGAACUGGGAACCAAUUGUGGGUUCGGGAGAGAGAUGCCUGCCAGGAGAUGAAGCCCAUUGUGGGGAUGGUGCUCUGGCAAAGGAUGCUAAACUAGCUUAUCCAAAAGGUAUUGCUAUCUCAAGUGACAACACGCUCUACUUUGCUGAUGGAACCAACAUCCGUAUGGUCGAUCGGGACGGUAUUGUGACAACUCUCAUUGGCAAUCACAUGCAUAAGUCUCAUUGGAAACCGAUUCCUUGUGAGGGCACCCUUAAACUUGAAGAAAUGCACUUAAGAUGGCCGACAGAACUUGCGGUAAAUCCUUUGGACAGUACCUUGCAUAUCAUUGAUGAUCACAUGAUCUUAAGAAUGACUCCAGAUGGACGAGUUCGAGUGAUCUCAGGACGUCCAUUACACUGUGCCACAGCAACUACUGUCUAUGACACUGAUCUGGCAACUCAUGCAACUCUCGUCAUGCCUCAGAGUAUAGCUUUUGGACCAAUGGGAGAUCUUUUUGUUGCCGAGUCUGAUUCACAGAGGAUCAACAGAGUUCGAGUGAUCGGAACUGAUGGUCGGAUAGCACCAUUCGCUGGCGCAGAAUCCAAGUGCAAUUGUUUGGAAAGAGGUUGUGAUUGCUUUGAAGCUGAUCAUUAUUUGGCAACCAGUGCCAAGUUUAAUACGAUCGCUGCAUUGGGAGUGACUCCUGAUGGUUAUGUGCAUAUCGCUGAUCAAGCAAAUUACAGAAUACGUUCGGUUAUGUCAAGCAUUCCAGAGGCAAGUGUAUCAAGGGAAUAUGAGAUUUAUGCACCUGAUAUGCAAGAAAUUUAUAUAUUCAAUCGUUUCGGACAGCAUGUGGCAACUAGAAAUAUUCUGACAGGAGAGACAACCUACUCCUUUACUUAUAACGUGAACACGUCUAAUGGAAAGCUGUCAACUGUCACCGAUGCUGCAGGAAACAAAGUAUUCCUCUUGAGAGACUACACUUCUCAAGUUAACUCCAUUGAAAACACCAAAGGUCAGAAGUGUCGUUUAAGAAUGACAAGAAUGAAAAUGCUCCAUGAACUCAGUACCCCUGAUAACUACAAUGUGACAUUUGAAUAUCAUGGACCAACGGGACUUCUUAAAACUAAACUUGACUCAACCGGAAGAUCAUAUGUCUACAAUUACGAUGAAUUCGGUCGUUUGACAUCAGCUGUCACUCCAACUGGUCGUGUCAUUGAUCUCACUUUCGAUCUUAGUGUAAAGGGUGCCCAAGUUAAGGUCUCAGAAAACUCACAAAAGGAGAUCUCAAUGUUGAUUCAGGGUUCUACUGUGAUGGUCAAAAAUAGUGAAGCUGAAUCAAAGACAACUAUCGAAAUGGACGGAAGCACUACAAGUCUGACUCCAUGGGGCCAUACCGUAGAAAUGGAAGUGAUGCCUUAUGCUAUUCUUGCUGAGAUCAAUCCACUUAUUGGCGAAAGCUAUCCAGUUCCAGCGAAACAGAGAACCGAGAUCAAUGGAGAUCUGGCGAAUCGAUUUGAAUGGAGGUACUUCGUUAGGCGCUUACAAGGUGGCAAGGGUGGUAAAGGUCCAAAACCAGUUUCCCAGGUUGGACGUAAACUUCGUGUCAAUGGUGACAAUGUUUUGACUUUGGAAUAUGAUCGUGAUACAUCAUCGGUUGUUGUGUUUGUUGAUGAUAAACAGGAACUCCUUAAUGUUACUUAUGAUCGCACAGCUCGACCAGUCUCGUUCAAACCACAAUCGGGAGACUAUGCUGAUGUGGAUCUGGAGUAUGAUAGAUUUGGACGAUUGGUCUCAUGGAAAUGGGGAACCCUACAAGAAGCCUACACAUUUGACAGAAGUGGAAGACUCAAUGAAAUCAAAUAUGGUGAUGGUUCAUCAAUGGUAUAUGCCUUCAAAGACAUGUUUGGUAGCCUGCCUCUUAAAGUUACGACCCCAAGACGUUCUGAUUACCUCUUGCAAUACGAUGAUGCUGGAGCAUUGCAAUCUUUGACAACACCUCGCGGUCAUAUUCACUCGUUCUCACUUCAGACAUCACUCGGGUUCUUCAAAUAUCAAUACUUUUCACCUAUCAACAGGCAUCCGUUCGAAAUUCUAUACAACGAUGAGGGACAGAUUUUGGCCAAGAUACAUCCACACCAAUCUGGCAAAGUGGCUUUCGUUCAAGACUUUGCCGGAAGACUUGAAACAAUCCUCGCAGGACUCUCUUCCACUCACUACACCUACCAAGAGACAACUUCGUUGAUUAAGAUUGUCGAAGUUCAAGAACCAGGCUUUGAAUUGCGAAGAGAGUUCAAAUACCAUGCAGGAAUAUUGAAAGAUGAAAAACUCAAGUUUGGUUCAAAGAACUCUCUGGCAUCGUCCCACUAUAAGUAUUCAUACGAUGGCAAUGCCCGAUUAAGUGGAAUCGAAAUGAGCAUUGAUGACAAAGAUCUUCCAAUGACACGUUAUAAAUACAGUCAAAACCUGGGUCAGUUAGAAGUUGUUCAAGAUCUGAAGAUCACUCGAAAUGCCUUCAACCGAACUGUUAUACAAGAUUCUGCUAAACAAUUCUUCACCAUUACUGAUUUUGACCAACAUGGAAGGGUUAAGAGUGUUUUGAUCAACAUCAAGUCUUUCGAUGUCUUCCGUUUAGAACUCGAUUAUGAUCUUCGAAAUCGAAUUAAAUCUCAGAAAACCACAUUUGGCAGAUCAACAUCAUUUGACAAGAUUAACUAUAACGCCGAUGGGCAUGUUAUUGAGGUUAUGGGCACAAAUAACUGGAAAUUCUUGUACGAUGAAAAUGGCAACACUGUCGGAGUUGUCGAUCAAGGCGAAAAAACUAACCUGGGUUACGAUAUUGGUGAUCGUGUUAUACAAGUCGGUGAUGUAGAGUUCAAUAAUUAUGAUGCCCGGGGUUAUGUAGUUCGACGGGGAGAACAAAAGUACCGUUAUAACAAUCGCGGUCAACUAAUUCAUGCUUUCGAACGAGAUCGUUUCCAAGUUUGGUACUACUAUGACGAUCGUGGUCGUCUGGUAGCAUGGCAUGAUAGCAAGGGAAAUGUCACUCAGUAUUUCUACUCUAAUCCAAAGACACCAAGCUUGAUCACACAAAUGCACUUCCCAAAACUUGCAAAAACCCUGAAAUUCUUCUAUGACGAUCGAGAUCUAUUGGUCGCCAUUGAAAAUGCCGAACAACGAUUCUAUGUUGCAACCGAUCAAAAUGGAAGUCCACUGGCAUUCUUCGAUCUUAAUGGCACAAUUGUGAAAGAAGUUAAACGAACUCCAUUCGGCAAAGUUAUCAAAGACACAAACCCUGAUUUCUAUGUACCUGUUGAUUUCCAUGGCGGAUUGUUAGAUCCCAGCACAAAACUAGUCUACACUGAAGGCCGGCACUAUGAUCCGACAGUUGGUCAAUGGAUGACACCAACAUGGGAAACUCUAGCAACUGAUAUGAGCCUUCCAACCGAUGUAUUCAUUUAUAGAUUCCACAAUAACGAUCCAAUUAAUCCAAACGAUCCACAAAGAUAUAUGAUCGAUCUUGAAUCCUGGCUAGAGCUAUUCGGCUAUGAUUUGAAGAAAAUGCAAAGCAGUAAAUAUACAAAAGAAGACCACUAUAUCCCACAAGCUACAAUCAAAUCAGCUUCAUUGGCGCCCGACUUUGGUGUCAUUUCCGGUCUAGAAUGCAUCGUUCAAAAGAUCGAUGAAAAAUUUAGCGAUUUUGACUUUGUACCAAAACCACUUCUCAAAAUGGAACCUAAAACACGAAAUCUACUUCCAAGAGUCUCAUACCGACGAGGUGUAUUCGGCGAGGGUGUUCUACUCUCCCGGAUAGCUGGCCGUGCAAUGGUCAGUGUUGUCGAUGGCAGUAAUAGUGUCGUUCAAGAUGUUGUCUCGUCAGUGUUCAACAAUUCGUUCUUCCUCGAUUUGCACUUUAGUAUUCACGAUCAGGAUGUCUUCUAUUUUGUAAAAGACAAUGUCCUGAAGCUUCGCGAUGACAAAGAAGAACUUCAACGACUUGGCGGUAUGUUUAAUAUUUCGGCACAUGAGAUCACCGAUCAUGGUGGUGCUGCUGCCAAAGAACUACGACUUCAUGGACCUGAUGCCGUGGUAAUAAUCAAAUACGGCGUCGAUCCUGAACAAGAACGCCAUCGAAUUCUGAAGCACGCUCAUAAGCGAGCUGUUGAACGGGCCUGGGAACUUGAGAAGCAAUUAGUCGCUGCUGGGUUCCAAGGCCGUGGUGAUUGGACCGAAGAAGAGAAAGAAGAACUCGUCUCGCAUGGUGAUGUUGAUGGCUGGAUUGGCAUUGACAUUCACAGCAUCCAUAAGUACCCUCAACUUGCCGAUGAUCCUGGCAAUGUGGCGUUCCAGCGUGACGCUAAGAGAAAGAGAAGAAAAACCAAUACCGGAAGUCAUCGAACGAAACAGCGAAAAGCAGCAUCAACAUCAACAGCUACGUCGUGAGACGGAGAUGAUUACUACUAAGGAGCGAAACAUUUUUCUUUUACACACAAACACACUCAAAGAACACACAUACAUAGUAAAAAAAAAAAUCGCCCUGAACUAUAAAUAAAUUAUAAAAUAAUAAAAAAAAUAAAAAAAAAAUUAGACGCCCCACACCAGCGCCAUCUAUUGAUAGAUGGCAACACUGAUGUAUCUGGGGCAAAUAGUUUUGUAUAAAGUGAAAAAGUAUCUAAGUAGUAUAUAUAUAUAUAUAUAUCGUUUAUAAGCUUGCUCUCUAUCUAUCUUUCUUUGUAAUAUAUGAGAUAUUAAAAAAACUCUAUUCUAUCUAUUCUUUAUAUAUAUAUUAUAUUAUUUUUUAUUAAAAUUAUUUUUGUUUCAUUUAAAAAUUAAAAAAAAAAAAAAAGUUUUUUUUAAUUAAACAAAAAAAAAUACAAAAAAAAAAUGAAAAAUUUACAAAUUGUGAUAUAUUUCUAUACAUGAGCUCGAGAUGAUGUUAUAAUUUUUCAAAAUAUAAAUGUUUUUUAAAUAAGUUGUAUGUUUUUUUUUUAUAUUUGAUUUUUUUUAUAUUGGUUAUUUUUUUUCAUAUAGUAGAAUCUAAAAAAAAAAUAAUGAACGAAAACUUUCACACUCACUCCUGGAUGAAGCAAAAUAAAUAAAAACUCACAAAAAAAAUUGCAUAAAAUAUAUCAAUAAAUUAAAACAGAAAAGAAAAAAAGAAAACAAUAAAGCCGUGUAAAUUUAGUUAUUAAACAAAUAAAUAAAUUAAAAAAAAAAAAAAAACUUUAAAAAACCAAGCCAUCUUCACACAUAAUUGUGUAAACUGUAAUUUAAAAUAAAACAAAAAAAAAAUAUUUAAAUAAAUGCAAAAAAACAUUUAAUAUAAAAAAAUAUAUUAAAUGAUGUAGUAACUAUGUUAAACAAAAAUAAAAAAUUAAUUAGUUUUAAGUAUAAAUAAAAUGAAAAAUGCAAAAAAAAAAAAACAAAUAAA